CACACGACAUCUGUGUAAGCCCUUCCACAUAACCCGCCCCUUCCCCCUAUGCUCAUACCAUUUCCACCCUCAGUUUAGCCCUAGUUUUUUUUUCUGACCCAAACAUGGCGGCAAAUGCAGGACACGAAGAAGACGACAACGACCUCCUCGCACUCUCUCUCUCCUCCUCCGCCUACCGCCCGCCCCGCCCCCGCCCCCACCCUCCUCCACCCCCGCUACAAGCCUUCCUCUCCCAACCCCCGCCCCAACCUCCCCUCCAACUCUCCCCCACCCACCCCCUCUUCGUCCCUCCGCCGCAGCCCCCCCUCGCGCCGCCACCUCCUCCCGGUCCAUCCGCUCCCAGCUCCUCCCACCAACGCCGCCGUCGCAACCCCACCCAGUCCCCGCCUCCCCCCAUCGCUCCCCCCUUCCCCUGGGCCACCGACCACCGCGCCACCGUCCACAGCUUCCAGUACAUGGUCCAGAACCAAAUCCAUUCCAUCUCCGGCGACGUCCAGUGCAAGCGGUGCGAGCAGAACUACAAAAUGGAAUUCGAUCUGAGGGAGAAGUUCCUCCAAGUUGCCAACUUUGUCGUCGAGAACAAGGGGUCGAUGCACGACCGGGCCCCGGGGGUGUGGAUGAACCCGGUGCUGCCGUCGUGCAGGUUCUGCCAGCAGGAGAACAGCGUGAAGCCGGUCAUGGCGGAGAAGAAGAAGAACAUCAACUGGCUGUUCCUGCUCCUGGGGCAGAUGCUCGGGUGCUGCACGCUGGAGCAGCUGAAGUACUUCUGCAAGCACACCAAGAAUCACCGGACGGGAGCGAAAGAUCGGGUCUUGUACCUGACCUACCUCGCGCUGUGCAAGCAGGUCGAUCCCAAUGGCCCGUUCGAAUACCGCGAGUGAAUCAAGAUUCCAAGAUUUCUAUUUUUUUCGAUCCAACUGAUCGAGAUUGAUCAAGAUGUCAUCGAUCUUUUGCGUUUUCGCGAUCGUUUGCUUGCUCUGUUUUUCUCUGUGUGUAGGAUGUGAAUUAGUAGUAUGCAUGGGUUUGUGUUUUUUUAGGGUUUGUGAAGACAGUUUGUUUGUUGGUGGUUGUUUAUGAAUGUUAAAAAAAGUCUGUUCUUUAAGGUGAAAUCUUGUUGAAUUUUAAUGGAGAUUCGGGUUUUGGAAAUUUUAGUUUUCUUGUAGAAUGACAGGUCAACCGACCAAAUGAUGGUUUCGGAUCUAGGGCAUUUUGGCAUUAAUGGUGAUUUUUAAGUAUAUCUUUCUUGGAUUUUUCAGG